AUGUUUUUCAAGGUUAUCGGUCUCGCUACAUUCGCUCACCGAAUCAUAUACAAAAAGAGAACGUCAUACACAUUUCAACAUUCCAAAUUAGGAAUCGUUUACAAUGUUGUGCUGAGUAGCUUAAUGAUAGCCGCGAACUAUAUGUCUAUACAAUUCAGACUUAAUUUGGAUUACGAGAUCAAGACAAAUUUUACUGUAGGCUUCUCGGUUCUACAAACUGUACUUGGUGCACUGGUGAUCUGCGUGAUUUUGAUUGGCUACUGUAUCAAUCAGAAGUCUUUGGUACAGAUCGCCAAUCGAUUAAUCACCAUCGAGCACGAAAUAGAUCGUCUCUAUGAUCUAUAUCGUCCACUACGACGACAACGUAUCUUCUGCAUUAUGAUCAUCGUUUGCAUCUUGAAGAUUUGCCUUCUGAUACUUCUCCAGUUCACUAAGAUUCUGAUUGGUCAUGCAGGCCCAGUCUCAUUGCUGAUAGACAUUUUGCCGACGUUUCACGUGGGUUGGCUACUGAUACAGUAUUUCCUGUUGGUGAUGGUCAUUCAGACAGAUUUCGCUGAUGUAAAUCGUGCGAUACAAAGCCUCACCAGGAUGAAAGCACCUGAUCUUCGACUGCAGUCUCUAUAUAAAACGCGUCGUAACGUAAUCAACAAUUCGACCGUUCAUCAAUUGUUGCAACUGCGAAAUGUGCAUUGUCAUCUUUGUGAUAUCUCUGAAGAUGUGUCGAGUUUCUAUUCACUACCAGUACUAUUUGGCAUCGGUUUUCUCUUUCUGUCACUCAUAUAUAAUGGUUACCGUAUUCUCUGGGUUCUGUUGAUGACUGAUGAUAGCUUAAACUUAAAUUAUUCUUAUAUUAUUAAUCUCAUGGUCUGGAUCAUAUUUCGGAUUUAUCCCAUCUUUCUCCUCACCAACAGAAUUACUAGGAUUUUAAUCGAGGUAGAAUAA